AUGUCUUCUCUAGACUGCCAACCUAACGUAGUUGAAACGGAUUCCAGUCCUAACUUUAUCAGGAGUGUCAACGAUGUAGACUCAUCGGACCGUCUACCAUCAGCAAUUUGGGAAUCGGAAUCAAACGCUAAUUUUGCUUGGCUAUUGUCCGAUUCUAGGAGCAAUGAUCCAUGGAAGGAAAGAACAUCACGUAAAAAUGAUCGGUGGAAUUUACCGGUGAAAAACAUACCUCCUCCAGGUCUACCAACUCAAAGGGAAUCUCAUUGGCAGUAUCCGGAGUAUAUGAAAUUUGCGGAGCGCUUGGCCACUUUCUCUGAGUGGCCAAAAUUUUUGAAAGGACCGUCAAAAAAAGAUUUGGCACGAGCAGGGUUUAUUUAUACGGGAUUGGGUGAUAAAGUCACCUGUUUUUCCUGUGGAAUAACUCUGAGGAACUGGGAACCUUUGGACGAUGCUUAUAAUGAACAUAAUCGAUGGUCAAAGAACUGUGUAUAUUCAAAUAUGGUGGCAGGUGUGCCAUCUAGAGGACAGUCAUAA